UAUAAUACCGGAAGUGGAUUGCUAAAGAAAGAAUGGCUGACUGCCUUGCUUACUAGCAGUAUUUCAUAUAAAAUGCGAAAAUUCUCCUGUUCGUAGUCUCUGACAAUGCACUGGCUUAUUAAAACAAGCUUUCGACCUUUCCUUCGCCGACUAUGAUGGACUAUAGAGCCGUCCUGCGGUUCGCAACAGUCACCAGAGCUGCCUCAUUGUGUUUGCAGGCUCUAUUGAACGCUGCCAUCCCUGAUCACGAUGCUGAGGCGUUCAGGCCCCCACGGACAGAAGACCCUCUCUACUUGGACUCGGCGGUAGAGUGGUUAUUCGGCGGUCUCGGCCAUUGGGACGCCGAGCAUUUCCUCCACAUCGCUGAGAGAGGAUACCUCUACGAGCACAACUUUGCUUUUUUCCCCCUUUACCCCAUCAUUCUGCGGGGUCUAGCUGACACGCUGCUGUGGCCCCUGGGUGACUGGUUGAGCUUGCGAGGCCGUUUGUUGUUGGCAGUCGCCCUUGGAAAUAGUACCCUUUUCCUGCUGAGCGUGGUGGCCUUGCACGCCCUCAGUCGAGUGGUUAUGCAGGACCGACGUCUCGCCCUGCUUUCCACUUUGCUGUACUGCAUCACACCUGCCAAUGUUUUCAUGACUGCAGGCUAUUCGGAAAGUCUGUUUGCCGCACUCACCUUUGGGGGUCUGUUUCUCCUGGAAAAAGGGCUCAUCCUUCGAGCCUGCCUGGCGUUGAGUACAGCAACUGCAGCACGAUCCAAUGGCCUGGUUAAUAUAGGCUUUCUUCUGUAUCUUCCAUCAGUAUAUGCCAUCUCUCAAAUCCGUUUAUACCGUUCCAUUGCCAAAGGCCACAGGAAGUUCUUCCAUUACAUUUGGGUCAUUGUCCGCCUCCUGCUUACGUCACUGCUUGGAACAGCAGUUAUUGCCCUUCCCUUCUGCGCUUUUCAAUACUAUGGCUAUAGAACGUUUUGUACACCUACAUCUUCUUUGGACCGUAUCCCUCUUGCUCUUAUCUCUUUGGCUGAGCAGAAGGGGUAUCGGAUUGCAGAUGAAAAUAGUCCUCCUCCUUUGUGGUGCAUGAGACCUCUCCCCAUAAUUUAUUCCCAUAUCCAGGACGUGUACUGGAACACGGGCUUCCUCCGUUACUUUGAACUGAAACAAAUACCGAACUUCCUUCUUGCUCUACCCAUGGCUACUUUGGGUGUAAUGGCAGCUUAUGCCUAUUUCCAAGCAAACCCAGAGCUGUGUUUCAGACUCGGACUUUGGGAGGCAGAUUCAAAGAAAAGCCUGGACAAACCCAUACCGGGAUUUUUAAACCCCAGAGUUUUUGUUUAUGUUGUACAUUCGACUGUUCUGCUGGUGUUUGGAACCCUGUGCAUGCAUGUGCAGGUCCUAACCAGAUUCAUGGCCUCCUCAUCUCCUGUCCCCUUCUGGAUCAGUGCUCAUCUGCUUCUACUUAACGAACCACUUCUCCACCGACGGAAAACCUCAAAACCCAACAUUCAGUUGAAGACUCCUGACAAAAACGGAUGCAAGCACACUCCUCCAAAUCCUGUCGUUGCACUGAUACCGUACAUUAAAAUGUGCUCUCCCACCACACAAAGCAUCUUGGGAUACUUUCUCUCAUACUGGUUCCUGGGACUGGCGAUGCAUUGUAACUCUCUACCGUGGACUUGAUGGGAGCUAUGGUUUAAGAAUGCCAUAUUUCCUGUGAGACUACUAAUUUUAAUAAUACACUGGUACACGAUGUAAUCCAGAACACUCAGAUUUUUUUCACAAAAAUAACAAAACUUUAAAAAAGGAGCAAUGGUUGUGCCUCAUUUUGGUUCUAGGAAGAACUUUGAGUAGAUAUGUUUGUGAAACCCUUUCUGGGGAUGGACAUUGGGUUAAAUUUCUUUGAUUAGAAUAUUUAACAAUGGUUAUUUAAACAACAUUUUUGUGUAAUGGAAGAACCUUGAAGUUCUGAGCUUUUGUACUGAUGUUUUGAUGUGAAUAAUGCUAGAGGAGGAGUAGUGAUAUAUGGACAGCUCACUAAAGGAAACUAGUAGGCUGGUUGUAUCCUAUUAGUCCGCUCAGUUUUGCUACAACACUAUGAUUAAUCAAGUAGUAGUUUCACAUAGGAGUAACAACUGGAUUCUCAUUGAUGAAUUCAUUGAUUCAUGAUCAAACAAUUAGACAUUUUGAUUGGUUUGUUGUAGUAAAAGUAUUUGUUGUUGCAUAACUAAAGCAAACUCGAGCAAUGUCUGCACAUGAAAUAUUUUUUACUUUAUUCUUGUCUUUGUUAUCUCAACAAUAACUCCGGGGAAUAUGCAUUUUAUCACUUAUGCAAGUGAUUGAAUGUGUGUCAUGUAUGUGUUUAACUGUUUCAGUGCCAUUGAUGAUGAUAGAUAUCCAAACAAGGGCCUGCAAGUUGUGGAUCAAGAGCUGCAUGUGGCUCUUUUCACCGCUUUAGUGUGAUUUUAAAUUAGUUUGUCACUAGAUAGGCAUUCAGUCUGUGUCAUCAAAUGUAUGUUUGUUCACAUUUUGCCCCUCUCAGGCUGUCAAUGGCACUAAAUGUUAAUGUGACGUAUGUGCGUAGUUUUGAACAAGUGGGUUUAUUUUUGAAUGUGAAUGGAAAAUAUAGCAUCGGGUUGCA